AUGAGUCCACAGCCCCGAAAAUCUCUGAUUGCACACAUUUUUGCAAAAGUACAAUUCUACGGUGUUGUGUUUGUGCUAAUACCAUUUAUCUUUGUCUUCCAAAUUACCAUAGUGUACCCAGAACUUGUGAGGAAGUUGAAAGUUAGCCUCGUGGAACAAAUAGUCCAUAUCUGUUUGAUAUCAUUCUGCUUUAUCAACGUUAUUGGCAAUUUGAUUUAUAGUAUUAUGAUGGAUUCUAGUUUAAAAAGGCCUGUAUUCGGCGAAGGUACGUACUGUGAAGAAUGUCGGAUGGUACGGCCAGUCAGAAGUUGGCACUGCAUGCAAUGCAACGUGUGUAUCGUGAAGCGCGACCACCACUGCUCGUUCCUGUCUCGCUGCGUCGGCCUUUACAACCAAAGGUACUUCGUGCUGUUCCUCGGCCAUGUGAUGCUCUCCAUGACGUACGCUACCUACUACAACUAUUACUUUGUUACCAUGAAGUUUAAAGGUGACGGCUGGGCACUGUCAGCCUUCCGCAUCUUCAACCCUCUAUUGAGAUUCAUCAUUCCAGAACCCAUGGGCUACAAAGACGUUUAUUUGUUUUUCUUGAUUAUGAACGUGGCCCUUAUAGUCUGGUCUGGCACUUUGUUCUACUGGCAUUUUAAGAAUGUUCUUAUGGGCGUGACUUCUUACGAGGCCAGGUUUCCUGAACUAAAGGACGCGAGCAGAUGGAAACAAAAUUUGCGUAAUGUAUUCGGAACUAAAUGGUACCUAGCUAUAAUAUGUCCUAUGUGUGAAAGUCCAUUGCCGGAGGAAGCCAAAUACGUGUAG